AUGGACUGGUCAAAUAACACCGUCGUAUUGGCUGGUCGGGACUCAGAGCCUACAGCCGUGGCCUGGCGAGAACUGUUGGUUGACCAUGGCUACGACGCACUCGAAUACGUCUUCCUUUAUGUUUUGCCUAUCUUAGCGAAUGUUAUUUUCAUCAUAUACACAAUGUACUAUUUCGCGCGCGUCACACCGCAGAGAAGCAAGGGCCCAAUUGACCCUCAGAAGAUGAUGCUCUCCAUUCGAAUCGCGGCUCUUGAGCUCGUAUUCUUGGCUGCGCAAGCCAUCGCUACUGGCCUGGACAUGAAGGGUCUCGCACCCGUGAACCACAUAAUGGGCUUCGUUGCUGCUGUCACAGGGUAUAUUAUCUUUGACAGAGAGAGUGGCAAGGGAUAUCCCAUCUCCAAGUCCGCAUACUUUUUUGUCUUAUUGUGGAUACUGAUCGACAUCAACAAGUUGUCUGGUUACCUUCCCGACCGCAACAAGCAUAUUCUGUCCUGCGGUGGUUAUAUCACGGGUUACUACCGCUCUGAUCUCCUCGCCGACAUGCUAAUGCCAUCGGUCGUGCCAGGUCCCGAUCUCGUCACGUUGCUGCGUAAGUUGGACGCUAAAUAUGGGCGCACAAUGCCACAAUCGACGCCGGAGUGCCGAUCCGAGGCUGCGUCAAAUGAUGCAUCAGAGGACGUAUCAGAGAAGACAUCGGAGAGGGCAUCAGAGGAGGAAAUAGAGGAUCUAUUGAAAGCAUGGAAAGAUACAGGAGGGUGCUCAGUGCGAGCCCCGAGCAAAGCCCAAAAGAAAAAGAAGAAGCACACAAGAAAUGUGCGUCGCAAGGCAAAGUAA